AUGAGUCUAUUGAUUGCUUUAAUACUACUUUUUUCUCUAUCACUUUACGUCGAGUUUACUCAAGAUGAAGUCACAUAUACUUCUGCAUAUGUACCAAUAAAUUAUUUACAUAAAUCUGAUAUAUGUUCCAUAUUAAGUAUUGCAUUACCAUUGAAAAAUGAUAGUAAUUUCAAAAUUCGUGUUGAUACUCAUCAUAGUCGUCGAACAAUGCUUUAUUUUUUAUUAGCAAUUAAAUCUAAAUCAAAUAAUACACGUGUACUGCAUUUUAUUGAUGAAUGUUAUCCAAAAUUAAAUUGGUCAAUUGUUGAGAAUCAUUAUCAUCAUUUAAAAAAUGUCGUAGAAUUGUAUCAAGCAAAAUAUCAUGCAGAAAAAUUAGGAAGUUAUUGGGAACUAAAAAUAGCUAAUCAUUUUUCUGGACCAAUUCAUUCUCGCAAAUGUAUAAAUCGGCAUCGUUCAAAGGGUUUUCAACCAGAUGAACUCAAAAUUUAUUGGAAUUAUAAUCAAAUUUAUUUACUUCAAUCAUAUUUUGAGUAUAAUCCAAUAACAGAUACUGAUGCAAGAAAUGCUCUAUCAAAAUCACCUGUUCAUAAACGAAAGCAUUCAGGCAAAAUACAAUUUAUUAUAUCAGGAAUUCAACAUGCUGUAUUUAAAGUUCCUAAGAAUAAACAAGUGAUAGUAUUAGAUUUUGCCGAUGAACGUAUGCCUGGUGGUUAUUUUCUAGAAAAUGCUAUGACACAAGAAGAAGUUAUUCUUUAUAAUUCGGAUGGUUAUCAAGCAUUAUUAGACCUAAAAUAUAAAAUGAUGGAUGGUGGUUAUAUGUUACCUGAAUACGGCGUUGCUUAUAUAAAACGAGUACGAUUUUUUCAAAAGCAAUCAAAUAAUGAACGUCUUACAGAUUUAAUAGUAGCUGCUUGCUAUGAUUUAUCUGGUAUGGGAGAAGGACUUUAUAUACCACCAUUAUCUAAUGAUAUGCAGCAGAUACGUUCUCGUACUCUUCAAAAAUUUCAAGCAAUAAUUGCUUCUGCUGUUGCUAAUACAGAAGGCGAUGGUGGUGAUACAUAUUUAUUAUUAGGACCUAUUGGAACUGGUGCAUUUAAGAAUGAUAAAAAAAUGAUAGCUGAAUUAUUUUUUGAAGUACUGAAUAAUCCUUUAAUGAAUUCAUAUCAAUCUAUACGAUAUGCGUUUGAUCAAAUUUGGUUUGUAUCGACUGACAAUCAUCAAAUAUUUGAGGAAGUAUUUAAAAACCAUUAA